AUGUUCUCCCUACCCUUGGAUAUAUUUGAUUUAAAAAACCCUGGUGUUGACAAGCGAAACAAGAUCGACAAGCUUGAAAACUUUGCAACUUCCGAGGCAAGAAGGACCCGUCUCGAGGAGAAGGCGAGGUUAUAUGAAGAGAUUGAAAGCGGCAAGAUAAAACUGCCGCAAAACCACCAAUUCCUCGUUGACUUUGAUAAGCAGCGGGAGAUGGACGACGUUGCAUGCACCGUCCAAGAGGAAGAAGGGGUCACAAGACGAUGGAAGGAACGAGAAAAGGGGUCUCAAAGACAAGAUGAUAAGGGGGAUGGGAGUGAUGAUGGCCCUCAGAGGGAUGUCAGUAGUGAUGAAGAUGGAUGCCAACAAGGUAAGACCAGUUCAUUUAAUGCCCUAGCAAGUGGUCCACUUCUUGCCUUCUAUGGGCUAUUCUAUACAUUGCGGACACAUUAA